CGUCAUUCACAACUGUCAGACCGGGCACUUGUUAGUUUUUCGCGAUGUCCGGAAUUAAAAAGAAACGUGUUUCGAAGAAAAAUAAAGCUUCGUGGCGCAAGUUCACAGAUAUUAAGGAUGUAGAAGAUUUCCUCGAAGAUCAGCGUCUGGAGGAACGCAUUGGCAAAGCCGAUGAGAAAAAGGAUGACGAGCUGUUUACGAUCGACACAGCUGGCGGUGAAGACAAAACCAUUUCAGUUUUAUCUUUGAAAGCGAGGCGUAAAGAGAAUGCUAAGAAACCUCCUCGUUCCUUGCUUGCCCUGGAAAAUACCUCUAAAGUUCAAGAUCCCAUAGCCAAAAGGAACCAUGUGAAGCCUAGAAAAAGUGGGAAAGAUGUGAUCAGCCAAGUACUAGCAGGGAAAACUUCCAACCGUAUUACACAGGCACUCCGCGAGAGCAAGAGGUACAGCUUGAAGCUUCGCAAAGAAAAGAAAUUAAAGGAAGCAAAAAUAUUCCGCAAUAAUCUUUGGGAGGAGAAGGACGAGCUGGAUGAUCACCCAGAGUUCAAGAACCAAUGGAUUGAGAAAGACUUGGCUGUAUAUCACUUGCAUAAUACUGGGACACGACUGGUCGCGAGACCAACGACAGCAGAUCUGAAAACCACGAGAGCAAGGGCACUUGAACUCCCCCAUCCUGGCAUGAGUUACAAUCCCAGUUUAAAAGAUCAUCGCGACUUACUCAAUGAAGUAUUGGAACGUGAAGGCAAAAUCAUAAAAGAGGAGAAACAUUUGAAGCGGGUUACGACCGAUAUGUUCUCUAAGUUGACACCAGCAGAACGUGAUCUUGAAAAAUUAAAAGAAGCUGCUUCUGGGCUCAAUAUUGAAGGUGUCGCCAAUAGUGGUGAUGAAGAAACAGAAAAUCCCGAUGCAGAAGGCCGACUUUCUAUCAACCCACCAGUUCAGAAUAAGAAAAAAGACAGAAAAGCAAGGAGAAAACAACGGGAACAGCGAGAACUUUUGCAGGAACGCAUGAAAUUGAAACUGGAGAAGAAGAAAAUAACUGAUAUUCAUAGGCUAAGAUUUCUCAAAGCUGAGGUUGCCGACGAGGAAAAGAAAACUCAAGAAAUCGUGAAGCGGCGAAAACAAACUGCUGAAGAAAAGAAAUUCAAACCACGUCGCUUAGCCAAAAUCAAAUUCCAAGAGAGUGAUAUACCUGUGAACAUGGUGACAGAUCUAAGUGGAAAUCUGAGAAACUUAAAAACAGAAAGUAACGUUUUAAUUGAUCGAUUCAAGAGUAUGCAAAGGCGAAACAUUCUACCACCUAGUGUCGAUGUUGGAACGCGCAAGCGAAGGAAGAUCAAACGCUUUGUGCGAAGUUCACAUAAGGAAGAUCCGCAGCCGAUUGUUAAGAAAAAGGCAGGAGGCAAAUAGGAGGAGGUGUAUGUCUAGAGAUUUGAUGAUUGUUUUUAUAUGUUGAUUAUAAAGAAAUACAUUUAUAGAUAAUAAAAGAAUUUAAUGAAUACAAAUGUUUAGUUUUUCAUUAAUAAAAUUCAAACUUCCAUUUCAUCUACUAACAUUUCAUCGAAAAUUAUGUUUAUUGGCUUUUUAUCCCAUAAUUGUCAAAUUUAAACAAUUUUUUGGACAGCUUCAAUAUUCCUCUGCU